AUGUCGGAGUCGCCGCCCCCACCGUCUUGGAGUGUCGCUAGCAUGGCCAACAGCGCCGUCCAGUUUCUACGAUUGCCUGUUCUGGCGUCCUCGGGAUUGGCUGUUGUCGCCAGCGGUCUCUUAUAUUUCAAGCAAAACGAGCUGAUCUACCCCCGCAACGUUCCCGUGGACGCACGCACAAAUGUACCCAAGCCACAACAAUUCGGCAUCACCGACUUCGAGGACCUCCAGAUUCCUACUCCUGACGGCGAAUCAUUACAUGCCUUUUUUAUCCGCCCUUCACGCAAACUCCCAGGCCGGGAUAUUACCGUGUUGAUGUUCCAUGGGAACGCAGGCAACAUUGGCCAUAGAAUUCCCAUCGCAAAAGUUCUGCAGGACAUGCUGGGUUGCAAUGUAUUGAUGCUAGAAUAUCGUGGUUAUGGUCUGUCUACGGGGACGCCGGAUGAGACCGGUCUGAAACGCGACGCGCAGACAGGGCUGGACUAUAUCCGACAACGAGCCGAAACCAGGGAUAGCAAGAUCAUUGUGUAUGGACAAAGUCUUGGAGGAGCAGUAUCCAUCAAUUUGGUCGCCAAUAACCAAGACAAUGGCGCGGUUGCAGGUUUGAUCCUCGAAAACACGUUCUUGAGUAUUCGCAAGUUGAUUCCAUCGGUCUUCCCUCCUGCGCGGUAUCUUGCCCGCUUUUGCCACCAGUACUGGACUAGCGAAGACAUUAUACCCAAAAUUACAAAAGUGCCCAUCCUUUUCCUCAGUGGAUUGAAGGAUGAGAUAGUCCCUCCGUCCAACAUGACCCAGCUCUUCGCCAUCUCCAAAUCUGACCGCAAGAUUUGGCGUACGCUUCCCAAUGGCGCUCACAACGAUAGCGUUGCUGAACCGGGCUAUUUUGAGCAUAUCCUCUCUUUUGUGACGGAGGAAGUCCUUGCAAAUGAGCAGUGA